UCACUUGGAUUUAUAUUCGACUAUAAUUUAAAAUGAAUAUUAACAUUUAUUUUUAUUUAAUAUUAAUAGUAUUUCCAAUUAAAUAUUGUUACGGCGGCGUAUUUUUGAUUGGCGCUGCGUUUGAUUAUAACAAUAGAUUAAAUACAGCAAUAUUGGAAUAUGCCGUUAAAAGGGCGAAUAAAAAUAUUUUAAAUGAAGCCGAAGUUUCUUUGAAAACCUUAACUGAACCGUUUGAUUAUGGCAAUGAAUUUGAAGCCGCCAGAAGCGUGUGCAGUUUAUUUGAAUCUGGAAGCUAUGCGAUUAUUGGACCAAAGUCGCUUGGAUCGAAGUCACAUAUUGCAAACAUUUGUGAUGCAAAGGAAAUCCCAUACAUUGACACAUACAUGGAUGUCGAAGCAAAAACAUCCACCAUUAAUUUGUAUCCAAGUCAUGAAACAUUGUCACAGCUCUUAAUUGAAGUCGUAAAUAAAUACGAGUGGAAAGAUAUUCUAAUACUUUACGAGGCGCCAUCGUAUAUAAAACGCAUUUCACCAUUUCUCGAAGAUCGUAAUAGAAAACCUGGCACCGUCACUGUACAACCAAUCGAAGUUGGAGGUAGUUUUCAAAAUAUUUUGCAAAAGGUUAAAGAUAUGGGCAGCCGAAGUAGUAAUAUAAUCAUUGAAAGUUCCAUUGAACAUUUAAGUGAAAUAUUAGAACAGGCAUUGCAAGUUGGUUUAUUUGGACCAGAGCGCAGUUUUAUAAUCACCAAUUUAGAUGCACAAACGAUUGAUUUGUCGAAAUUCCAGUAUACACAAGCAAAUAUAACGAUAUUUCGAAUAAUUGAUAGAGAUUUUCCAAUUGAAGAAUUUAAAGAUAUUGAUGACUAUUUGGAGUAUGAAAGAGAUAAAUGUAAAAUUAUCAGACCAUGUACGGACGCGGAAUUUGAAGAACUUUCCCCGCCAUUUGUAUUGCAAACUAAUACAGCAUUAAUUUAUGACGCAGUUAUGAUUUUGGCGGAAGCAUUAAAACAAAUCGGCUUCGAACAUUUACAAAUGAAUGAUAAUCGAAUUGAUUGUAGUGAUCCAGAAUCAACCUGGAGCAAAGGAUCCACAAUCACAAAUUAUAUGACAAGUAUUAACUAUACAAAAACAACCCUGACAAGAUCGGUGGUAUUUGAUAGAAAAAGACUUCGAAGCGAUGUUGAAAUCGAUUUAAUGUCACUAGAUGGGAAUGGACUCAAUAAGAUUGGCAUAUACAAUCAAAAUACUGCCAAUCCAAAUAGUACCAAUCAAUUAGUGUUUUUACCGAAACCAGUAAAGGCCACCGAUCCGAAUGAAUAUCGUCCAAUCCGCGAAAUGACAUUUACAGUGUUGGUUGGUUUGACUGAUCCAUAUAUUAUGUUGAAAGACACCUCUGUUGGUUUACAAGGGAAUGAACGAUAUGAGGGCUUCGGAAUUGAUAUUAUUUAUGAAUUAUCAAAAGAGUUUGGAUUCAAUUACGAACUUAAAGAGUUGCCUAAAGGAGAAGGCUACGGAGACUUCAAUAACGCGACAGGAACAUGGAACGGAAUGAUAGGUGCAUUAAGAAAUGGAAGCGUAGAUUUGGCCAUCACAGAUUUGACUAUCAACAGUGAACGAAUUACUGCAAUAGACUUCACACCUUCAUUCAUGAAUCUAGGUAUAGCUCUCUUGUAUCGAAAACCAAUAAAAGAAGCUCCGGAGACGUUUUCUUUUAUGUUACCGUUUUCAAUGAGUGUUUGGGCGUUGCUUGGGGCUGCAUACAUAACCGUAUCGUUGUGUUUCUUCUGUUUGGGUAGGAUUUCAGCUUCGCAAUGGGAGAAUAGAUAUCCAUGCAUUGAAGAACCAACCUAUUUAGAAAAUCAAUUUACGCUCAACAAUUCGUGUUGGUUUGCCGCUGGUGCUUUGCUUCAACAAGGUUCCGAAAUUGAGCCCAAAGCUGCUUCGAUACGGCUUGCUUCAUCGUUUUGGUGGUUUUUCACAUUGAUCAUGGUCGCCUCUUAUACGGCAAAUUUGGCAACAUUUUUAGUUAUUGAAAAUAAAAAACCCGAAAUCAAUAGUGUUGAAGACUUAAUGAAAAAUGAGUCAGGUAAAAUAACAUUUGGUGCCAAAAAAAAUGGAGCUACGUUGAAUUUUUUCAAGUCAUCUACUAAUCAACAAUAUCAAGAUAUGUAUAAAUACAUGGAAACAAAUGAAUAUUUAUUGACUGAUGAUAAUGUGCAGGGUAUUGCUCGUGUCUAUAAAGGAGACGAACAUUAUGCAUUCUUAAUGGAAUCAUCGUCAAUUUCAUAUGAAAUCGAACGGAAAUGUAAUUUAACCCAAGUUGGCGAUCCCAUCGAUGAUAAGAAUUACGGAAUUGGAAUGCGAAAACAUUUUCCAUACCAUCCGCAGUUGAGCGAAGGAAUAUUAAAAUUACAGGAAAAGGGUAAAUUGGCUGAGUUGCAAAAAAAAUGGUGGAAAGAACGAAAAGGUGGUGGAGCAUGUGCGGAUGACAUUGAUGACGGACAGGCGGUGCCACUUGAAAUGGCAAAUGUUGCGGGUGUAUUCUAUGUCUUGAUUGUUGGUACAAUAUUUGCAAUAUGCUACGGAAUUUGUGGUUUAAUUAUGGAAAUUCAUAUUCGUGCAAAAAGACAUAAGAAAGAUGAACAAAGCGAAGCAGCAGAGCUUAAAUUUCAAAAUUUGAGGGGUGUGUUUUGGGUUUUAUUGGGUGGCAGUAUAUUUGCAUUGUUUUACGGCUGCAUAGAAGCUUUAGUCCAUAUUUACAAAAAAGCCAAAACCGAAAAGAUACCGUUUAAAGAAGAGUUGAUUGCCGAAUUGAAAUUCUUAAUGACGUGUCAAGGUGUAAAAGAAGUGCGCCAUCGAAAAGGUUCCAAAUCUCAAUGUUCAGGCACUUCAAAUCAGUCAAAUCAAUCACGCUACAGCGAAAAUACCAAUGGAUCCAAUGCAUUGCUUAGAUUGCGAUAAUUAUCAUUUGUUGUUAAAAUAAAUGUAUA